CCAUUGUUUCUUUAGCGAUACCUAACCCCGCACUCCAAGAACGAACUACUUCAUGUGCUCUUAUACGCUGUUCUGCCGGUUUUCAAUGCGUUGAUGACGAAUGCGGUAAUGGAAGUUGUGUUCCAAAUGUAAAACUUACUGCACGUGGGGAGGAAAAAAAAUGCAUUCUUAAAGGUUGCAGGUUGAGAGUGGAUGAAAGAAGGCGAAUAGGUAAAAGACAAAGUAGUGAGGAAGCGGAAUCACAAUAUCACUAG